AUGUACUCCUCCAUUCUGCCUGGUUUGUACUAUGGCUUUCUGCGCAAGAACAAUGGUUUUCCUCCGCAUUCACGCGCCUUCAUCGACAGUGUCUCUGGUCAACAUGUUACUCGUGACAUCACCUGGGCCCAGAGCCUAUUGCUGGCCCGUGGCUUGAGGGCUGCUGACAGCGCAGGCCUUCUACCAUUGCACAAGGGUUCAACAGUGCUGAUUGUGUGCCCCAACUCCACUUUGUACCCAGUAGUCACAAUGGCUCUGCUGGCAUUUGUGGGGCACAUGCAAGCCCCAUACAUUGAGAAGAGAGUUCUUCUACUGGCCAGACAACUAGAUCUAUCUGCUUUCAUCAUUCUACAAGGGGCUUGGGUCACUUUGGACGACCUGCUGAAUGUGCUUCCGGAUACAUCCAGCUCAAGUAUUCCAGAAGACUUCAACAGCAGCGAUGCGCAUCAAACGGCAGUUAUAUUCUUCAGCUCCGGUGCAUCAGAUCGCCACUUUAAGGCUGUAGACUUAACUCACCACAAUGUCACUGGGAUGUUAACCCAAAUUGACAAAGCAUGGCCACACUACCAACCCGAGCACAAUGUUGUCCUUGGUGUAGUCCCCUUCUUCCAUGGAAUCCCCAUUGUGUCCCUGCUUCGCUACAACCUGGCACUGUUUCUCGCAACCAUCAACAGAUUCCAGGUGAUGCAGACUGGCCUCCUGGUGCCGCCCAUCUUCAACUUCCUUGCCAAGCACCCGCUUGUCAACGAUUUCCGCAUGGCGUUGCUGCAGUACAUCAUCAUUGGCGCAGCGCGGAUCUCACCAGCAAUGAUUGGGCUGUGUACAGAGCACUUUGCACUGCGCGGCAUCAUGCUGAAGGUCAGCCAGGCAUACGGGAUGAGCGAGAUCAGCGGGUGUGUCUCCUUUGUUCCUCUGGAGUGCCUGAAGGACGGCCUGGCAGUGCCGGAGGAUUUCUAG